AUGGCUCCCAAGAAGAAAGAAGAAGCUAAGCCUGAAGCCCCCCCCAAACCUCCAGAGCCUGAGCCCCCAAAAGAGCCAGAAUUUGACCCAUCAACCAUACAGAUUGAAUUCACAGCUGAACAAAUAGAGGACUUCAAGGAUGCGUUCCAGCUGUUUGACAGAACUCCCACAAAUGAAAUGAAGAUCACAUAUGCUCAGUGCGGUGACUUGAUUAGGGCUCUGGGCCAGAACCCGACCAAUGCUGAAAUAAUGCAUGUCCUUGGAAAGCCAAAACCAGAGGACAUGCAAUCCAAGAUGUUGGACUUCGAGACCUUUCUGCCCAUGCACCAGCACAUCUGCAAAGCUAAGGACCGUGGCACAUUUGAGGACUUUGUUGAAGGGCUAAGGGUGUUCGACAAGGAGGGAAAUGGCACAGUAAUGGGCGCUGAGCUUCGGCAUGUCUUGGCAACACUGGGUGAGAAAAUGAAAGAAGAUGAAGUGGAGCAAUUGAUGGGUGGGCAAGAGGAUGCUAAUGGCUGCAUUAACUAUGAAGCUUUUGUAAAACACAUCAUGGCAGGGUAA